GUGGUUUUUCAAGAAACAGCAACAACCCAGAUCUGCUAUACAUUUAUUAAAGUGUUGUUAACCGGAAGAGGUGGAUCUGUGAUGGAGGAGGAGGACAAGUGCCACUCAGAGCGGAAGCGGUUUCGAGAGGAGUUUGACCGUCGGAGAUCGAGUGCGAUGGAGGAGGACAAGUUGUACUUGGCGUUAAAGCGGGUUGCAGAGGAGUAUGAUGAGAUUGAAUCCAAUCCCUCCGACGAUUUCAAGUGCGGCCUGCUCGGACGUAACAUGUUUGAAUGGCAAUUUGCAGUCAGAGGCGCUAUUGGAACUGAAUUCGAGGGUGGGAUUUAUCAUGGGCGGAUCCAGUUUCCGGAGGAUUACCCAUCGAAGCCUCCGUCAUUCAUGUUUUUGACGGAAAAUGGGCGCUUCAAAAUAAAAACCAAGAUCAGAUUGAAAUGGCGGCCAUCAUGGAGGGUGCGAGAUGCUUUACUUGAACUUAUUGAUUUAAUGUCCACCUACCCUGAUGGUGAAAUGGGUUCAGUAGAAUACAAUAAGGAAGAAAGGCGUGCCCUAGCCAUCAAAUCUCGUGCAGCACCCCCAAAAUAUGGCACUUGUGAACGUCAAAAGGUAAUUGAUGAGAUUCAUGAAUAUAUGCUAAGCAAGGUACCCCCUAUUCCUGUUCCUCCUCAACUGCAUUCCCAAAAUCAUGGAGCCAAAAGAAAGCACGGCACAGGCGGCACAGGCAGCAGCGGCGGCGACAACGGCUCUGUCGUGAAUGUUAUUGGGAAUACAUUUCAUGCUAUCAAUUCCAACGGAGUAGGAUUUUUGGAUUCUAUGAAUGAGGCCUUCAACCCCAAGAAAGCAAAACGGUGUUGGCUUUGGUGAAGAAAGCAAAACUGGACGACUAUGUUUAGGAUGCCAAUUCUCCAGCCCGACACUUACGUUUUAGUCCACCGUUGGUUGUGUAGGUAAGAAUAAGUAGUUAGGCUCAGUAUGAGUUUCCCUCCAGGUAUCCCAUGUGGACACCUGGCUGGGUCAGUAAGUAGUUGGGCCUAAAUCA